AUGCAGCAUCAUGGGAGUGAGAGAGACACUGGAGGACGUUUAAGUUUAAGAGAAGCUGAUAUUGCUGCAACAGUCUGUGGUGUCAGCCAAGCACAAGCUUGUGAUGGUUGUCGUUAUCAUAAUUCUAGCUAUACAUUUCGUCAUUGUUGGCAUCAACAUGCCCGUCAUGGGUGUUUCCAUGAUACAGAAGAUGGUCAUACGAGCCAGGAGAGACCAAUCCUUGAUCAUUAUCCAAAGAGUACGGGUGAUGAACGUUUCAGUUUCCGAGAACUGGCAAAAACGUUGUUGUUCCCCCAAGAACCAAGCCUAGGAGACCAAUCAAAGCAUACAAAGGACCACAAUGAUCAUGGCCAUAUUCAUGAACCAUGUCAGAUCAAGGGUAGCAGAGAAGACCUGCUAAGGAAGGGCAAAGUCCUACAGCCAAAGAAUAAUAUAAUGGAGAAAAGCUGUAGUAAAAUAGCAAAUUCUCCUUCCUGCUACUAUAUAUUACCAGACACAACAUUCAAAAUUGUUGCAAUCACACAAAUUGGAAAACCACUUAGUAUAUCGUCAUUACUAAGUCAGAUAUAUGGUGGGCCAUUAGAGAAGGUAGAAUUGGUUCUUAGGGAUCAACAACGUCAUUUCUAUAACGACGACAGUCUCUACCAAACAGAGGAAAGAACCGAUUGGAGUAAAGUUUCAGUAUUUCUAUACUUCACUUGUAAUGAGGACGCAAUGAGUUUCUAUCGAUACUCAAAGAGUGACAUGUUUAAAGUGAAUGGAGAUUCUCUCAAUACUCUAUGGAUGCCUGAUGUUGAUGAGGAUGUUGAUGAGGGGGGAAACAAAGGCCAACAAAUCCAGUUGGGGAGACGACAACUCCAACAGGCCAUGGGGGGUGCAGAACGGGCACGAAGGGUGCUCGUGUUCAAGAGACCCAUAGAGGAGAAGGCCUACAAUAGGGGGCCAAGAAGUCAUUCCUUCACCAGGAAGAAUGGCCACCUUAGUCUUGUAUCCGAGUGCCAUACUACGGUCAAGCACAAUCUCGAUAUUGAUCCUAAAGAGAUCAAGAGAGAUUUUGGCGAGUAUGGACACUUGAUUGAGGUGUUCCCCAUUGUGAGCCGGAAGCUCUCCUUUGGAGUCCACUAUUACAACGUGGCGUCUGCAAUACUCGUCAAGAGGGUCUUGGAGAAUGCCACGGAGGAAAGGUUCAGUGCUGUUGAUCUUGAGAUGCGGCGCAAAUACGGCGCAUGGCAUGUCUGGUACGGACGGGAUCCAACAGAGAGAGCCGUCCCCUCACCAUAA